AUGGCAACUCAUACGAGUACGUGCACAAGCAGCAGCAAACGGCCAAACGGCACCACGUGCCUGUGCGCGCGCCGUUGUGACCGCACACCUACCCUCCCCCCCACCCGCCUCGUGUUGUGGGUGCGCGUGUGUGUGACGUACCCGCUACCAAACGGAAUGCUUUUCGUCGAGGGUGUCUUGCGCAGUCUCAGUCUGCUCUCCUCCUCCUCCCCCUCCCUCCCCAUCUAUCCAUCCUUCGAAGAGGGUCUCACGUGUAGCAUUUUAGUCCGGUUGAUUUUGUUUUUCAUGUAA